AUGGGUCUCUAUCGCGACGGGCGCUUGCGCCCCGGCAGCCCGUCAAGGCCACGCGGGCGACCCUUGUCUGUGUGCCUUGUGCCGGUGAAGGCCUCGGGCCUGGUGGGGCCGGCGUGCCUCCCCUCCGGCGACUUUGUCUUCAACGACGGCGAGCUCUGCUUCACCACCGGCUGGGGCAAGGACGGCACCGGCUUACUGCCCAGAGUUCUGCAGGAGCUGCGCAUCCCCAUCAUGAACCAGCAGCUGUGCAACGAGUCGAUCCACGGGGGGAAUGUGUCGCCCAGGAUGAUCUGCGCCGCCUACAAGGCCGGGCACGCCGGCGUGUGCUCCGGAGACAGCGGCGGGCCGCUCGUGUGCCAGCGGUUCGACGGGCGCUGGUACCUGGCGGGCAUCACCAGCUGGGGCAUGGUCGACUCGGAAGGCCUGUGCUCCGUCAACUAUGACGUCUUCACGCGCGUCACCUCCUUCUCCUCCUGGAUCGAGUCCAUCCAAUCGCAGGCGGCGUGCGGUCCCGGGGAGCUGUCGUGCGAUGCGGUGACGUGCGUCCGCCCCCGUGCCAUCUGCGACGGCGUGCAGAACUGCGCCGACAAAACCGACGAGGCCGACUGCGCUUCGGGCUGCGAUGACAAUUUCCUCUUCACGGAGACGUCGGGAGAUUUCCACUCCAUCAACCACCCCCAGAACUACGAGGACAAUACGAACUGCCGCUGGAUCAUACAGGUCCCCCAGGGUCACGCCAUCGACUUCACGUUCUCCGCCUUCAGCGUGGAGUUCAACUACGACUUCCUACGCAUCUACAGUGGACUGGGAGAGGACAUGCUGCUGAGAGCUUCGCUCACGGGAACCGAGAACCCCGGAUUGGUGCGGAUCUUCUCCAACGUCACCACGGUGGAGUUCUCCAGCGACGUCAGCCUCAACAGCAGCGGCUUCUCCGCUCACUACAGCUCCUUCUUCUACGGAGACGUCUCCAACAAGGAGCUCAUCGACUGCACGUUCGAGUCGGGCUGGUGCUACUGGGAGCAGGACCCCUACGACAGCGCCGACUGGGAGCGCCUGAGGGGCCCCAGCAGCCCACAGGGCACCGGCCCAAACGCGGACCACACCGUCGGCGAUGCCACCGGCUACUACAUCCGCGGGUCGGUGAAUGGCGUGGCGGCCAGCCUCAUCAGCCAGUGGCUCGCUCCGCAGACAUCGACGGCGUGCUUGCAGUUCUGGUACCACAUGUACGGGGUGGAAGUCUACCGCCUCACCGUGUACCUGCGGAGGGAGGGAACGGCCGACGCCUUCCUGUGGCAGAAGGAGGGGAACUACGGCAACCAGUGGCACUACGGGCAGAUCGCCAUCAGCCAGCCGCAGAGCUUCAAGGUGGUGGUGGAGGCGCGCCGCAGGCUGCACCAGCUGUUCAGCGAGAUCGCGCUGGACGACGUGGCACUCGUCCCCGGGGUCUGCCCCUCCCCGCUCCCCGAGCCCACGCCCAUCAUCCCCACCACCACGCCCGCCCGUGAGUGACCCCCUCCACACUCCCCCACAC